AUGAGCGACGCCCUCAUUGUGCAGCUCGAGCAGGACUUCCGUGCGAUCGAGCUGUCGGACCCGUCACUCGCGGACGGCUUUAAGGUGGUGUACGACCGUGAGGUGCCGUGCGAGCUGCGCGCGAUGCGUGGCGGCGACGCAGGCUCCGGAUCGCUAGAGGGCAUGAAGGUGAAGGUGCUGUCCUUUGGUGACGACCACAGCCUUUCCGCCAUGCGCGUCGAGCUCACGAGCGAGUCGGAUCUCUUCUUCCACUACACGUGCAUCAUCAACCAUGCCGGGUUCCUGCGGCUGCGUGAGCACCAGAGCCUCGUGUGCGACUUCCCCGACUUCUUGAUGACACUCCUGAAGAUGUUCAACCGCUGCAUCCGCGAGCCGCAGCGGUUCUUGAUGGUGCUCCUGCUAGACGAAAACGGGACGGCAAACAUGGAGUUCGUAGAAAACCUCGAAUAUAAACUCGUCGGCGUACUGACGCUGCCGUUUCGUGCGUCUUCGCCGGAGGUAGUGCGGGAGCAGAUUGGCUACCGCUACAGCGCUGUUCGCGCACGCCUGGCGCUGCUCACCGCGCAGCUGAAAAACUCGAAUGUCGUUCUGAAGUCGCGGGAGUAG